CGUUUCGAGAACUUUCUGGAAGUUUCCACCCAACAUUAUAUUUAAUGCCAACGUCAACUGCGGAUUUUUGCCAUUCACAACUGGCAACCGACGCAGCGUUGAGGGGGCGGCGCUAAAUCCGCAGUAGUUUCUGGAAGGAACCUCAUGCUUGUACCAUGGAGAAAGUGUCUGCAUUAAAAGACCAGGGCAACAAAGCACUGAGUGCAGGGAAUAUUGACGAGGCAGUACGCUGUUACACUGAAGCCCUAACCCUCGAUCCCAAAAAUCAUGUCCUGUUCAGUAACCGCUCGGCUGCCUAUGCCAAAAAGGGCAAUUACGAAAAGGCCUUGGAGGAUGCUUGUGAGACCAUCAAGAUAAAACCAGACUGGGGAAAGGGGUAUUCCCGUAAAGCUGCAGCACAGGAAUUCCUUGGUCGGCUUGAGGAUGCCAAAUCGACGUACCAAGAGGGACUUCGCAAAGAGCCGACCAAUCAGCAGCUAAAGGAGGGUUUACAGAACAUCGAGUCCCGGCUUGCAGAGAAAUCGAUGAAUCCUUUUGCCAUGCCCAAUUUGUAUCAAAAACUGGAGACUGAUUCUCGAACCCGGGAGCUCUUGGCAGAUCCGAGCUACAGAGAACUCCUGGAGCAGCUCAAGAGCAACCCAUCUGCGCUUGGCACGAAGCUGCAGGAUCCCAGAGUGAUGACCACACUCUCUGUGCUGCUGGGACUAAACUUGUCUGGGAUGGAUGAUGAUGAUGAACCCACACCUCCUACUCCUCCUUCCAAGCCCAAAGAAAAGCAGCAGCAGCCUCCUCCUCCUUCAAACGAAGACCUCCCUGAUAACAAGAGAAAUGCCUUCAAAGAAAAAGAACUUGGGAAUACUGCAUAUAAGAACAAGGACUUUGAGACGGCGCUGAAGCAUUACGAAGAAGCAGUCAAACAUGAUCCUACCAACAUGGCUUAUAUCUCUAAUCAAGCCGCUGUUCACUUCGAGAAGGGUGAUUUUGAAAAGUGCAGGGAACUCUGUGAGAAGGCUAUUGAGGUUGGCAGAGAGAACCGUGAAGACUACAGACAAAUUGCAAAGGCACUCGCCAGGAUCGGUAACUCGUACUUCAAACAGGAGAAGUACAAAGAAGCUGUUCAAUAUUUCAACAAGAGUUUAACAGAGCAUCGCACUCCUGAUGUCUUAAAAAAGUGUCAACAGGCAGAGAAGAUCCUGAAAGAACAGGAGAAACAAGCCUACGUAAAUCCUGACUUAGCCCUGGAGGAGAAGAACAAGGGCAAUGAGGCCUUCCAGAAAGGAGACUACCCCUUAGCCAUGAAACAUUACAGUGAGGCUAUUAAAAGAAACCCAAGUGAUGCAAAACUCUUCAGUAACAGAGCUGCAUGCUACACAAAGUUGUUGGAGUUUCAACUGGCCCUGAAGGACUGUGAGGAGUGCAUCAAGCUUGAACCCACUUUCAUUAAAGGGUACACACGCAAAGGAGCAGCUUUGGAGGCCAUGAAAGAUUUUUCCAAAGCUAUGGACGUGUACCAGAAGGCUAUGGAGCUUGAUUCUUCCUCAAAGGAAGCCACAGAGGGCUUACAGCGCUGUAUGGUCAGUCAGGCAACGAGGAACGACAGUCCAGAGGAAGUAAAGAAAAGAGCAAUGGCCGAUCCCGAGGUACAGCAGAUUAUGUCUGACCCGGCCAUGCGCAUGAUCCUCGAGCAAAUGCAGAAGGACCCCCAGGCGCUCAGCGACCACUUAAAAAACCCAGUUAUUGCUAAGAAGAUCCAGAAGCUCUUGGAUGUUGGACUCAUAGCCAUCCAUUGAUGUGACACAAAAGCCAAGGAGUGAAGAAACACCCAAGAAAGGGGAACAAAAUGCAAAUCUCUAAAUAUUACAUUGUUCUUUUUGUUGCCUUCAAAAAUUAUACUGUUCAUGUUUUCACUGAAACCUUGUGUACUUUCUUUUCAUUUUUCAGACGCUAUUCACUUUAAGAUUGACUGCAUCAACGUUAAAGAUUAUAGUUCACUUUAAAGUUAAUUUUCUCAUAUCAGCAAGCAGUGAAGUUCCACAAACACAGCUGUCAAUGUUGAACACGACUUGAGAUUGUUUGUUUUCCCUCUGAAUGGUUUGACUAAAAGCAAUGCUUUUAAAGUUCA